AUGGCAAGUGGAUAUCAGUUAGUGAUCCGUGAAGUGUACACUGGUUCUGCUCUAGCGACAUGUCCCCCUGACCUUCUGGCAAUCUACUCAUCCGCAACAUUACAGAACUCGGACGCGUCUACAACCUGCACCGGACACUCCUAUGAUGGCUGUACUCAUAAACUCACGUUCAAAUUUUCAUACCAAGCAUGCGCUUCAAGCCUGGCGUUUUCAACAUCGGGUGAUUUCUACUGCCUCCAUUACCAGACCAGCGGUCAGACUACAUACACCAUCACCUGGAACAAUGACACAGUCGUCACCGGAAGUAGUACCUACAGGUCAACCUGCUACGCCACUCGGACUGUUGGCUCAACACUGUACGUGACAGAAUAUCCCGGGUUUUGCGAGUAUCCCAAUCAAACGAGUACCUAUGUAAUGAGCCCAGGGAUUAAAUAUACUUUGUCAUCACAGACGGAGACAUGUGUGACAAUAAAAGAAGGUGGAAGCAGCGGUUUCUACUACUUUCUGAUCGUCCUAGGGAUUCUCGUUAUCGCUGCUGUUGUGUUUAUCGUUCUCGUUAUGGUUGUCAAAUACAAGAAUAAAAUUCGAAUGAUGGAACUGGAGGUUUACACAAAAGAAUCAGCUACACGGCCGAACACAUCGGACGGUAAAACUGUCGGAGAGAGGAGUGAACAAACUCCUAAACUUCCUCCAAUUUUCCCCAACAAACCUUUAGUACAGUCAAAUGAACCAGAGAAACCAGAUGAAGAAGAAUCUAAACCAACGACUGUGGAACCCUUAUCUCCAGAAAAUACAGUGCAGGAAAGAAAUGGGGACGCAACAUCUGGCGGAGAUGAAUAAAGUAGCCUUAGGUCAAUCAACAAUGUCGUUUAGCUAGAUUAUCUUGUUAUUCAUCAUAUGCAUUAGUCCAUAUUAAUCACGCCACCGUCAUUUCCAUGAUAAGAGUGUCCAUGUCUAAACUAUUAUUGUUAUUCAUACUACGUGUAAUAAAGACCCGAGUCCUUG